AUGCUGCGGGCUGUCCUGCGCUCGUUCUCCCCCGUUAGCCCUUUGCGACGCGCCACUCGCUUCCUGAGUCACUCCUCGGCUACUACCAACGCCGAAUACGACUACGUAAUCGUUGGCGGUGGCUCUGCUGGCUGCGUGCUGGCCAACCGACUCACAGAAGAUGCGGCCAACAACGUGUUGCUGGUCGAGACAGGGCCAGACGACCGCAGCAAGUGGGACUCGUGGAAGAUCCACAUGCCGGCCGCCCUGACGUACAACUUGGCCGACCACAAGUACAACUGGUGCUACCACACAGAGCCCCAGAAACACCUGAACGGACGGGUGUUGCCCUGGCCGCGCGGCCGCGUGCUUGGCGGCUCCUCGUCGCUCAACGCCAUGGUCUACAUCCGCGGCCACGCGUACGACUAUGACGACUGGCACGAGAGCGGGGCCACGGGAUGGAGCUAUGCUGACUGCCUGCCGUACUUCCGCAAGGCGCAGCACCACGAGCUCGGGCCGGACGCGUACCGAGGCGGCGAUGGCCCUCUUUACGUCACUCGUGGCAACCAAAAGCACCAGCCCCUGUUUCAAAAGUUCAUUGAUGCUGGCGUGCAGGCUGGCUACCCGUUUACGGACGACAUGAACGGAUACCAGCAAGAAGGGUUCGGCUGGAUGGAUAUGACGGUCUGGAAAGGACGUCGAUGGAGCACGGCUUCGGCCUACUUGCGGCCAGCCAUGGCGCGCUCGAACCUGACAGUUGUCACGGACACUUUUGUCCGCAAGGUGGUGUUCGAAGGCAAGAAAGCAGUGGGCGUCGAGACGGAAGACCGGAAGCAGAAAACGACUGCGCACGUGCGCGCGGUGAAAGAGGUGAUCCUGUCUGGAGGCGCAGUCAACUCGCCCCAGUUGCUAAUGCUCUCGGGUGUCGGCGAUGCUGACCACCUGAAAGCGGUGGGUGUACCAGUGGUCCAACAUCUUCCUGCAGUGGGUCGGAACAUGGAGGACCACCUCGAUCUGUACAUCCAGUACAUGUGCAAGCAGCCGAUCACGCUGCACAACGCUACUUGGAAGUACCCGCACAAGAUGGUGGCAAUUGGCUUGGAAUGGAUCUUUCGGCAGACUGGCAUGGGCGCGUCCUCUCAUCUCGAGUCCGGCGGCUUCAUCCGCAGUGACGUAGGCAAGCGCCAGCCAGACUUGCAGUACCACUUCCUGCCUGGCUCGCUGACAGGCCAGCUGACCCCUGGCGCGUACCACGCCAUGCAGGCUCACUGCUCACCAAUGCGCGCACAGAGUCGUGGCUGGUUGAAACUACGAAGCAACGACCCGCAUGAGCCGCCGAUGAUCGAGCCAAACUACCUGAGCGUGGAACAAGACUUGAUUGACAUGCGCAUGGGGGUGAAGCUCACGCGUGAGAUUUUCGAGCAGCAGACGCUGGACGAGUACCGUGGGGACCCGGUUUCACCGUCGAAGGACGUGCAAAGCGAUGCUCAGAUCGACGAGUGGAUCCGCCAGAACACGGAAAGCGCGUAUCAUCCGUCGUGUACGAACCGCAUGGGCGUCGACGACAACACAGUCGUUGAUCCACAGACGCGCGUGCACGGGCUCGAGAACCUGCGCGUUGUCGAUGCGUCGAUCAUGCCGAACAUUGUGAGCGGCAACCUCAACGCGCCGACGAUUAUGCUUGCUGAGAAGGCGGCUGAUAUCAUCUUGGGCAACACUCCUCUCCCGAGGUCGACGGCGCCAGUGUACAAGCCGAAGGACUGGGAGAGUCGGCAGAGGUGA